AUGAUGCAAGUAGCUUUUGCUAACUCAAAAUCUGACUUUGUCUUGUAUCAAAGAAAACUUCACUUUCAAAGAAGCACACAAAUUUUACCAGCAUGCAGCAUUUCAAGAACAGAAUAUUUUGACAGUUACAAUUCAAAGAAAACAACAAUAAAACAAUCUUUGUGUUUAUAUUCUAAAAAAAGAACUCAGAAAUUGAGUUUAAACGAGAAAAAAAAGCUAAUUUCCGCUCGUCAAUCAACUCAGAUUUAUUAUCCAUAG